CAAAACUAAAUGUCAAAACAUGUUGAAUGGUGCACGUUUUUCGUACGAGCUGCGUGAUUAGUUGAACAUCAUUUUACUGAAAUUAUCGGAAAAAGAUUCUUGUACUAUUUUACCAAGCGGUUGAAGCAGAGCUACUGCUAAGAUUCGUUGCCAUGGCUGGAUUGGAGAUUGUAGUAGGGACGUACGAAGAGUUUAUCGUAUGCUAUCGCGUCGAACCUUUACGAACCGAUUCGGAAAAGCUAUACCUGAAGGAAUCAUUCGCCGCCCACCUUCACACCUCGUCAGUGAGAUGUAUCGCUGCUCACGGCAAAUACGUUGCAACGGGUGGUGCCGACGAUCGCAUCUGCCUGCUGGACAUGCGAGAGGGAACGAAAGUAACAGAGUUCCUGCAUCACGACGGGACGAUCAAUACGCUUGUUUUUUCGAACAACGGAAGCCAUCUACUAUCUGGCAGCAACGAUAGUAGCAUGAUUGCGAUCAACAUGUCCAAACUGGCCAUCGAUAAAACGUGGAAAAAUGCGCACAAGUCAGCAGUGCAGUGCAUUUCCAUUCAUCCACAAGGAAAGAUGGCACUUACGUUGGGUAGUGAAAUGACGCUCAAAACGUGGGAUCUAAUAACGGGCCGUGCUCUUUUCACCACCGCCUUAAGCAAAAACAGCAAGUAUGGACGAGUGCUCAGCGACGUGCAAUGGUCACCGGAUGGCGAGCAUUUUGCGCUUCUAGGACACCGGGUGGCCGAUAUCAUCAGCAUUGAGACGACGCGUUCCGUUCGUACGCUAGAGUUUGACACAAAGCCCACGGCCAUGUGUUGGCUUUCGAAGGAGGAAAUAGCGGUUGGGUUGGAAAAUGGAACGCUUAUGUUGGCCAACAUCCACGAACAAGAGCAGCAGGAAAAGUUGCAAAUCUACGAUACGCGGUUGAAGGCGAUUGCCUGCCUAGGGGAAUACAUCGCGACCGCUUCCAGUGCAGGAGAUGUGUCAUUGUGGCAUCUAAAUGGUGUUGACUUCACUCAAGUCUGCACCCAACAGAUCGGCUGUCGUCCGAUUUGCCUGGCACUUAUCAACACGGGCAAGUCUAUGGGCCAGGACUCCGCCGAAAAGGUUUCACCAAGCACGUUGGUAUGUGGAGUAGCAACAGAAGAGCCAGCAAUCCAGCCGGCACGCAGCAUCGCCGCGAAAGUAGUUAAGGAGCUUGCUUGGGUGAGCGUAGAAACCGAGGAUCCUGUUCAGUUGGCAGCCGCCAACAGGCUGAAAAAUCGAUUGUUGAAAAAACGGAAGCUUGCCGGGUCGAAGGACAAAAAAAGUAAUGGAUCCGAGAAGCGUGUCAAAUCGAGUGGAUUUAUCGAAGAACCAAUCGAAGAGCCAUUGGCACCUAGUAAGUCGUGCUGAGUGUGCCUUUGAAGCGAGCACAGAACAUGUUGAAAUACAUUCUGAAUAUCUCAAUCUAGAA